AUGACGGCGUUGAAAUUCUUCUGCAUCUUAUGUAUACUUUCUUACGCAUACUGUGCACCAGCAGCGGAUAUAUCAACGGAUCAACUUUCCGAUGCAGAGAUUCAAGCAAUUACUCCAUGUCCAAACAUCUUAUGCUUAGCCAUACAAUGUGACAAUCCUAUACCGACUUAUUCAACAUUUAAUGGUAAAAUAUGUACAGCGUGUCCACGUUGUCCUAUUGUCUGUCCAUUAAUCAAAUGUAUUGCACCACAAUGUGAAAAUCCUGAACAAACUUUUACGACCAUCAACGGACAAAAAUGCCCAGGAUGUCCACGUUGCCCUGGUAGUUGUCCAAGACCGAUGUGUCCAGCAAUAGUACUGCCGUGUGACAAUCCUGAAACAGGUGUCAUAAUGAUCAACGGUCGAAAAUGUCCAGGAUGUCCGUUUUGUCCUAAGGAAUGUCCACAACUAAAUUGUUUGGACAUAGUAUGUGAUAAUCCUCAACCAACUACUACUAUGAUCAAUGGGAAACAAUGUCCGGGAUGUCCUCGUUGUGAUACUUCAUUAGCGACUGACAAUAACUGA